AUGAAGUAUUUAUCUGUGAUAUCAUUCCUUAUUUUCAUAGCAACAGUAUGUUGUUCAACUGUGAUAACUACCACAUCUCAAACUGUUACAGUUCAACCAGGAAGAGUUAUAUUACUAUCAUGUCAGUUGAAUUCUACCAUCACAGAUUAUGAACAGAUAAAAUGGAGAUUUGUAGAUCAUGCUAUUGAUAUAUUCCAAGGUAAAAUGUUACUGGUAGAUCAUCCUAAUAAAUACAGCUAUAAAAUACCACAAGAUGAAACCAACCAAUUAAAUUUACAAAUAAAUGAUGCUCAAGAAACAGAUGGGGGACAUUAUAAAUGUUCUUAUAAAGAUAGUAGUGUAACACAUUUAGUUAAAGUCAAUACAGAACUCAAACCAGCCAAACCCAUUCCAUUUGGUAACUAUUCAGAAUGCUGUAAUAAUGCAAAUGUAUCUGCAACCUGUUUACCUGUUUGUGUACCACAUUUAGUAAACAAUUCCUUUGAUCCACUAAUUAACUGUCCUAAUGAUCUAGAUAAAUUACUCAAAUGUUUUGCUGAUGGCAGAAAUCAUGUGGGAUGUUGCAGACGUAGUAGAGUUCCUGAAACUUGUUUAGAUUUCUGUUUGGAUACACCUCCUGCAUUAACAUCAGACCAUCUAGUAUGUCUGUCAAAGUCUCAGUACAUCAUUUCAUGUUUUGAGCAAGGUCACGUGUACUUACCAACACCACCACAAGAAGUCAAUGCUCUAGCUCUAACUUUAUCAUCUAUAUUAGUCAACUGGAAACAACCAGCCGAGAACAGUGAUAUAGUUACUGGUUAUAGAGUACUAUAUAAAGAUUCUAGUAGUGCCAAUAAUAGUUAUCAAUCGACUAGUAUAUUAUCAGCCUUGAGUUUUCAACAUACAAUAAUUGAUAUUAAGUCUAAACGUAUACAGUUAUAUGUUAUAGCAUUGUCUGAUAAGGGCUCUAGUUUACCCUCAAACAAGGUAGACAUUGCUACAAAGGAAGAUGAACCUAUAACUGGAAAAGAUAAAGAUAUCAAAGAUUGUUGUGAGAGAAAAGGUGUUAGCUCUAAAUGUCAAACAUUACUAUGUAAAGCUACAACUUGGAAGAGGUUUGAUCCUGAUGCCUUACUCAGUUGCUAUGGUUACCUAGACCCUGUGUUUACAUGUUUAGCCGGAGAAAGAGAUCAUAGGAAUUGUUGUCAAAUAAAUCAAAUUACUUCCCCUUGUUUGGAAUUGUGUGGUGGUUCAGCAGUGAAAGCUGAUUCAUCAUUAGCUAAAUGUGUUGUCAAUUUACCAAUAAUUGAAGGUUGUGUUCAGAAAGGUUUGGAAAUUCUACCCAGUCCUCCAACAUUUGUCAAAGUAAAAAGUGUUUCAUGGAACAGUGCUACAUUAGAAUGGGAUGAACCUCAGAGUACUAAUGGUAUUCUACCGUCUGGAUAUAAAGUAGAAUAUUAUAGCUCUGAAUAUCAAGGUUUUAUUAUAAAGGAUAGAGUAUCAUCAACUGUUAUUUAUAUUGAUGAUUUAAAACCAGAUACAGACUAUCAGUUUCGUGUGAUCAGUGAAUCAGCUAAUGGUAAUAGUUUACCCUCUGAAACUGUUUCUAUAUUGACAUACCCUAAGCCUGAUGAUGUUAUGCCAACCCAACCUACAGCCAUAGUUCAUAAUAUUACAGAAUGUUGUAUAAAGGGUGGUGUCAAAUCUAUGUGUUUACCAGGAUGUAGUUACAGUGCUGAUUUAGUGAAUUAUUUCUCCAGUGAUUUCAACAUUGCCUUACAAUGUUCUAGUGAUUUCAAAAAGAUCAUCAAUUGUGGUUCAGAUGGAAGAGACCAUAGCAACUGUUGUACCAAAAGUAAUGUAGAAGCAAGUUGUAUAAAGUUAUGUACGAUAACAGGCCAUUCUAGCACACUAGAUAGUGGUUCUGAUUUACUUGCUUGUUUGAAUUAUGUCACUUCUAUACAGACUUGUUAUAAAGAAGGAAUAGAAACCUUACCCAAACAUCCUAAGGACUUGAAAGUGACGAAUUCAACUAAGAAUACAAUUUCUGUAGAAUGGACAGCACCAACUAAAGGUCCCACUGUAACAGAAUAUGUGGUAGAAUAUUAUGCUACUGAUAUUCCUAAAGAAUUAUCAAGUAAAGAGGUCAAUUAUACUAGAUAUAUCUUACAGAAUCUAAAACCUAAUACACAGUACACAAUAUAUGUUUUGUCUGUAGCUAAUGAUACUUUAAGUCUUGCUAGUGUCACUGUACAAGAGUUCACAUCACCAGAAUCUACAUUACCACCACCUCAAAUAAAUGGUUCUGAUGUUACAGCCAAUGCUGUUUGGCAAAAUAGAACAGAUUGUUGUAAGAACAUUGGUAUAAGUGAUGAAUGUUUAGGUGUAUGUUUAAAUGAUAAGCUGAAUGUGUCAUCAUGUUUUGAGUUUGCUGAUAAGAUUUUAUCUUGUGCGUCUGAUGGAAGAAAUCACAAACCAUGUUGUGAAAGAAAACGAUUACCUACAAGUUGUCUGCCUAUUUGUAAUGGUCAAAAUGCUCAAAGUGGUUUCCAUGGAGCAUCCUGUUUCUCCUAUGGUCCAGAUAUUUUUGCUUGUUUCCUUGAUGAAUUAAAUUUGGUACCACAGCCACCAACCAAUUUCAUUGUUACACAUGAUCAGUUUCGAUCGGUAGCAACAUUAAAAUGGUCAGCACCAUCUAACUGUAGCACCAACUGUCAAUAUGAUGUUCAUUAUUGGUCUUCACCUAUAUCACUGGACCCUAGAUUAUCACCUUCUAAUGGUGAUCGUAAUGUUACUACUAUCAGAAGAGUUUCAAGUCCAUACAAUAUUACUCUUAAGGGACAUGGUAUAAGAUAUAUGAUGACUGUAUCAGCUAGAAAUACUUAUGGUAGUGGACAACCUUCUCCAGUUCAAUCCUUAAUAUCUAUAAAUCCAGGGCUAGCAGACGUCUCUAUUGGUCAAGAACCUGAAGGUGUGGUCAACCAGAAGGCAACAGUUGUCUUAACCUGUGAUUUUUUCUCUAUCAAUGUUGUAAAAUCAGUUAAAUGGUUCUAUAAUGGCCAAGAACAACCCAGCAACCAGAGAGAGUUAAAGAUAUCGAAAGCCCGAAAAGAGGACUCAGUAUGUUGUCAACAAGCUAACGUAUCCAAGAAUUGUAUGGAUCUAUGUGAUCUAGAUUUAAAUUUAGCUGUUGUUGCCAAUGACCUAUCUAAAUUAAAUUGUUUGGUUCAUCUUACUGCUCUGAUGAAAUGUGGUGCUGAUGGAAGAGAUCAUUCACAAUGCUGUAUUAAAAAAGGAGUUAAACCAUUCUGUGUGCCGAUGUGUUCUGGUGUUAUACCUAACAACACUAAUACUAAUAAUAUUUUACAAUGUAUACCAGAUGCUAAUACACUACAGUCUUGUGCUAAAGAGGGUAGAGAAAAGAUACCAACACCUCCAUCUGAACUAAAAGCAGUGUAUUCUAAUGGUCAAAUCAUUGUUUCAUGGACAGAGCCUAAAGAGACUCAAGAUAAAGUUGAUACUUAUAAAAUAUCUUACACCACAUCAACCAAUAAACAACCUGUAGUUCAUGAUGUGGGAAAGACUGUUAGACAAUAUAUAAUAAAAAAGACCAUACCAAAUGAGACCUAUACCAUUGUGGUGAUAGCUAGAAACAGCAAUGGAUCAAGUCUACCAACACAAGUUACUGUUAAAGCUGCAGAUAUUAUGUACAGUGCCCCACGUAAUCUGAAUGCCAAAAUGAUCAGUGAAACUACAGUAGAGCUUAAAUGGUUAGCCCCAUCUGAAUCAUCUUCUGUUACAUUUAAAUACACAGUCUAUUACAGAAAAUACAAAUCUUCUGCAGCAAGCACACCAAUUUCUACAGGUAGUCUUAAGGUACAGAUACCUAGAUUAGAUAAAGAUACAACUUAUGAAGCCUUUGUGGUAGCUUCCUCAGGAAACCAAGCUAGUAAACAUUCAGACACUGUUUCAUUUACUACUGGAGGCAAUACUACAUUAGGAAAAAAUCCAUCAAAAUCAAAGCGAACAAGUGAUGCUGCCAUUGCUGUUGGUAUAUUGAUACCU